AUGGUAGAUGAGACAGAAGAAGAUGUUGCGUUUCUCAAGAAGAGGAAGAUAGGUAAGGAUGAAUUCUGGGAGCUAAAAAAUAUUUUCUUUCGGCUCAAUACCUUCUACACAUUCCUUCUGACAAGAAAUCAUGUUAUUACCACUUUCGAUGUCCUAAAGCCAGCGGUUCAAAAGGCGGUAAAGCGGCCUUUGUUAGAACAAGAUUUUGCUAAGAUAUGUGUUAUCAUGCCAAGUGAUACUAUCUUUAAAUACAUCGAUAGAAACCAGUUUCAAGUUGAAGAGAAAGUUUUCAAUUUCAAGAAUGGUGGCUAUCAGCAAAAGGAUAAUGAUAUUUUUGACUUGAAGGCAGAAGAUCAUCAAGUAAACGAUGAAGUAGAAGAUUCACAGGUCCUUGUCUUUCAGUUUAAAGAUGGGAACAUGAUGAAUACUUGGAAGAAAAAAACGAACAAGAGCGACAUGAAUGCACCGGAGUUUACAACGGAUGCUAUGAAAAAGAUGAUAUCAAGAAGGAAAUUGUCUUUUGAAUCUGCUCUUAAUCGGUUUAUCUUCAACUGCAAGCUUGAAGGGAAGACACCCAUGGAGGAGUUAGAAAGACUUUCAGCUGCUAGAGUACCCAAAAAGAAAGAUUUCAUGGACCCAAUCGAAUCAAUGUUGCAGGCAAAGAAAAAUAUCGAAACUGAAGUUGUAAAUGAAGCUGGUGAUUCAAGACCUACAAUACCUAUAUUAUUGGAGAAGAUUAAACAUUCUAGCAUCUAUAACGAUCAAAUUACCAAUUCGUAUAUCAUACCAGAGAGAAUAGCGAAAUAUGGUGAAUUAGAAUUUGCACUCUCUCCGGAAGUUUAUCAGGCGCUUGAGUAUAAAGACUUCUAUUCUCACCAAGCUGCAGCAAUAAACUGCAUUCAUAAGGGAGAGAAUGUCAUAAUCACAACGUCUACUUCGUCGGGAAAAUCUUUAAUCUACCAGUUAUCUGCAAUAGACGCACUACUCAAGGAUCCACACUCUACGUUCAUGUACAUAUUUCCGACAAAAGCUUUAGCACAAGAUCAAAAGAGAUCAUUUCAAAAGCUAUUGUCCAAGAUACCAGAAUUGUCACAUGUUAUUGUAGAUACCUAUGAUGGAGACACAGAGCAACAAGCACGAGCAGGUAUUCGGAUUUCGGCUCGUGUUAUUUUCACGAAUCCUGAUAUGAUUCACACAAGUAUUUUACCUAAUCAUCCUAACUGGAAAAUGUUUUUGGACAAUCUAAGAUAUGUGGUCGUUGAUGAAUUGCAUAUUUAUAAGGGCUUUUUCGGUUCCCAUGUGGCUUUAGUUAUGAGAAGAUUAGUCCGAAUUGUGAAGGGGUUUUAUAAAAAUGAAAAGCUUCAAUUUAUAUCAUGUUCUGCUACACUAAAACAUCCCAUACAACAUAUGCAAGACAUUUUCGGUAUUGAGCAAGUCACGUUGAUUAACGAAGAUGGUUCGCCAAGAGGUACAAAACACUUGGUGGUGUGGAACCCUCCAAAGUUGUCUCAGCAUGAUAGAAAAAGAGAAAAUUUCAUCGGAGAAAGCGCUAAAAUAUUAGUUCAGCUAAUCAUACAGAACGUUCGGACAAUUGCUUUCUGUUAUGUUCGUAGAGUAUGUGAACUGUUAAUGAAAGAAGUCAGAAUAAUUCUUCAAGAUAUGGGAAAGUUGCAGUUAAUUAACGAAGUCAUGUCUUAUAGAGGUGGAUACUCCGCAAGUGACAGACGUAAAAUUGAGCAAGAAAUGUUUCAUGGGAAUCUCCGUGCUGUUGUUUCAACAAAUGCUCUAGAAUUGGGUAUUGAUAUUGGUGGUUUGGACUCCGUUUUGAUGUGUGGAUUUCCCUUAUCCUUGGCUAAUUUUCACCAACAAUCUGGUAGAGCUGGUAGAAGAAACAGAGAUUCCUUGACAUUGGUAGUUGCUAGCGACUCGCCUGUUGAUCAGCAUUAUGUCGCCCAUUCUGAAUCCUUAUUAGAAGUCGAUAACCCUGAAUCGUACCAGGAUCUUGUUUUGGAUUUUGAUAAUAUGUUAAUGUUUGAAAGUCAUAUCCAGUGUGCAGCUUUUGAGCUUCCGAUUGAUAUUGACCGGGAUUCUCAAUAUUUUGAUAGGAAGAAUUUAACUACAAUAUGUGAAACGAGAUUACAACACGAUGCGAAUGGGUAUCAUGCCAAUGAUCGAUUUUUGCCCUGGCCAUCCGCUCUCAUUUCUUUACGAGGUUCAGAAGAGGAUAUUUUCGCUGUCGUGGAUAUAACAAAUGGUAGAAAUAUAAUCAUCGAAGAGGUGGAGGCUUCCCGGACCAGUUUCACCUUAUAUGAUGGUGGUAUCUUCAUUCAUCAAGGUUAUCCUUAUCUAGUGAAAGAGUUUAAUCCCGAUGAUAAGUAUGCUAAGGUUCAGAGAGUAGAUGUCGAUUGGACAACCAGUCAGAGAGAUUUCACCGACGUUGAUCCGGAAGAGAUUGAACAGAUUAGGUCUAUGCAGAACAGUGACGUACCAGCAUAUUACGGUAAGAUAAGGACAACAAUUAUAGUCUUUGGCUUCUUUAAAAUUGAUAAACAAGGUCGUAUUUUAGACGCUGUUGAAACUCAUAAUCCUCCAGUGAUUAUUAACUCUAAAGGGCUUUGGAUUGACAUCCCCAAAAGAGCGUUGGAACUCAUUGAGAGCAAACAUUUAAAUUCUGCGGGCGGUAUACAUGCAGCACAACAUGCAAUAUUAGGGUUGUUACCGAGGUUCAUCGUUGCUGGAGUUGAUGAAAUCUCUACAGAAUGUAAGGCACCAGAGAAAGAAUUUGCCGAACGGCAAACUUCUCGUAAACGUCCCGCCAGAUUAGUCUUUUACGAUUCUAAAGGAGGUAAACAGGGAUCAGGAUUAUGUAUGAAAACAUUCGAGCAUAUUGAGGAGAUUUUAAACGGUGCAUUGCAACGUGUAGAAGAGUGUCCAUGCGAAGAUGGAUGUCCGGAAUGUGUUGCGGCAGCCUUCUGUAAAGAAAACAGUUUAGUUCUUUCAAAGCCAGCUGCAUUGGUGAUAUUGCAUUGCAUUUUAGGGCAUAAAGAAUCAAGUUUUAUGACCAGAAUCAAAGAUGGCCCGGAACCUAACAUGCCCGAAAUCUUGGUUGAAACCAUAGAGCCUGUGUCAGGACAUGUCAAAUUUUCUAAAGACCUUCAGGUCAUUGACACUAGGGAAAUUAAGAAUGGAGAAGAAAAUUUAGUAACAAUAAAAAAAGAAGAUAAUCCAAAUGAGAACUGA